UCAAACUUUUAUACAGGAAAGGGUCAAGUUAGAAGCUAAGCUCAACAUCCAACCCGAAUAUCUCGUUUCUCAAUUCUACAAUCCCAUCAAGCAAACGAAAUGAACCGCGCUUUGUAAUUCUGUUAUGCACGACUCUAUCAAGAAAAAACAGUCGUUAAGACACAAAAAUUGAAAAGGAUAAACAUAUAACAUUACAACAGAAACACCCCCAUCGUUAUUCAACUAAGAAAAUCAAAGCAACCCCAUAUAGAAAACCUUGCAAGCUAGGCAACCCCAUAAGUUUGUAUUUAUCUUUUCAUAUCAAGAAACCAUACAAAUAUUGCAUUUUUACUUUUAAUCUAACAAGAAAAUGGUGGAAGAGGAUGGUGAAGGGGAACAAAAGGGUAUUUCAAGAAAAUCUGAGCCAUCAAAUUGGUGGGUAACAUUCAAUAGAGAUCUAAUGGCAGGAGCAGUAAUGGGUGGUGCUGUACACACGAUUGUGGCACCAAUUGAGAGAGCAAAGCUAUUGUUACAAACCCAAGAAAGCAAUAUAGCUAUAUUGAGUGGUCCUCAUAAGAGGUUUAAGGGAAUGGUUGAUUGUAUAGUUAGAACUGUUAAGGAAGAAGGUGUUCUUUCUCUCUGGAGAGGUAAUGGUAGCAGUGUUAUCAGAUAUUAUCCUUCUGUUGCUCUCAACUUCUCUCUUAAGGAUCUCUAUAGGAAUAUCUUACACAGCAACUUUCAAGAUGGUCACCUUUUGGCUGGUUCAUCAGCUAAUUUUAUUGCCGGGUCUGCAGCUGGUUGUACAACAUUGAUCAUCAUUUAUCCACUAGAUAUUGCACAUACACGACUCGCAGCUGACCUUGGUCGGUAUGAAGCUCGUCAGUUCCGUGGCAUUUACCACUUUCUGAGGACAAUUCAUGAGAAAGAUGGAAUUCGAGGCAUUUACAGGGGACUUCCCGCCUCUCUUCAUGGAAUGAUUGUUCACAGAGGGCUUUACUUUGGGGGUUUCGACACCAUAAAAGACAGGAUGGCUGAAAAUUCUGAAGCAGAUGUGCCAUUAUGGAAACGCUGGGUAGUCGCUCAAGCAGUCACAACAUCUGCUGGCCUGUUCUCUUAUCCUUUGGAUACAGUUCGGAGGCGAAUGAUGAUGCAAUCUGGCUUAGAAAAGCCAAUGUACAGAAGCACAUUUGAUUGUUGGCGGAGGAUUUACAAGACAGAAGGAUUUAAUUCAUUUUACCGUGGAGCUAUGUCUAAUAUUUUCAGAAGUACUGGUGCAGCAGCUGUUUUAGUGUUAUAUGAUGAGGUGAAAAAAUUCAUGAAUUGGAGUGGAUUAUAGCAUAAGGUGUUUCAGGUUAAUAUUAAUCAUCACAAAUGGGAUUAGGAGUAUCAACUGUGGUACAAAGACCUAAUUAUAUUAGCCUUACUUGGUAGAGAUGCAUUUUGAUAGCCUCAAACGUGACAAACAUACAAUGUGGUAAAACAUGUCCAGAUUUUUUCCACAUUUGGAUAAUAACAAAGAUCAGAACUUUUUACAAUCAAA